UGAGAUGUAGGAGAGCAACAACAAAACCCACUUCUUUUUGGUUUGUUCUUUAGAAGCUAAGCUCUGGGUGAUGCAGAUUUUGAGGGGGAAGCUUUGGAGCCCCAUUUUCCAUAUAUGUUAUCAGAGCAGAGGUGGGGCAUCCUAUCCAGCGUGGGAGGAACCCAGCAGCCCUGCUGAAUUUGCAAGCAGGUUCACAGAGCCCAACUAGCAAGCCCCCUUCCUGCCAGGGCACAGAUUGCUUUGGGCAGAGCACAGCCAAGGCAGCACCUGUGCCCAGCAGCCAGGAGGACUCGUGACAGGGAGACUGCAGAAAUGAGGACGUAGAGAAGAAUGGAGCCAGAUUUAGCAAAUGAGAAACAACCCAGGUCCCAGGAACACGAGGAAGAGUGAGAGGACACAAACCUUGAAGUUCUGCAAGCAGCAAAAUAAACAGGAAAAAAAAAAAGGUUGCAUUUCCUGUGUUAAAUAUUGAGGCUGUCAGACCAUGUAAGUGAAUUGCUGAACUGUACAAAGACUUGCUGAUGUCCAUCUUUGCAGAGAGGUUUUGAAAGAAUGAAGUAAACCAAAGGCUCAGCUCCCGCAAUAAGGGAGGAAUUGUUUCAGGAGGAAAAUGGACAAGUUUCGAAUGGUCUUCCAGUUCCUCCAGUCCAACCAGGAGUCCUUCAUGAGUGGCAUCUGUGGGAUCAUGGCCCUGGCCAGCGCCCAGCUGUACUCAGCCUUUGAUUUCAACUGUCCCUGCCUGCCACGCUACAACCUGGCCUACGGGCUGGGCGUCCUCCUGGUGCCUCCCCUCAUCCUGUUCCUGCUGGGCUUUGUGCUGAACAACAACGUGUCCAUGCUGACUGAGGAGUGGAGGCGACCCCAGGGCCAGCGGGGGAAGGAUGCGGCUGUCCUGCGUUACAUGUUCUGCUCCAUGGCACAGCGGGCCAUGAUCGCCCCAGCUGUCUGGGUGUCAGUGACAUUGCUGGACGGGAAGUGCAUCACGUGUGCUUUCUGCACCGCGCUGCCUGUGGAGGCCUUGGGCAAUGCCAGCCACCAUAGCCUCCCCCAGGGAGAGAUGAAGCGGGUCCUUGCCCGCAUCCCCUGCAAGGAGAUCUAUGAUGGGCAGGAGCUCGUCGCCAAUGAAGUGGCCAUCAGGUACCUGCGCUGCAUCUCACAGGCCCUGGGCUGGUGCUUCGUACUGCUGAUGACCACACUGGCAUUCUUGGUCAGAUCUCUCCGGCCCUGCUUCACCCAAGCUGUCUUCCUGAAGAGCAGGUAUUGGUCCCACUACAUUGACAUCGAGCGCAAGCUGUUUGAUGAGACCUGUGCAGAGCAUGCCAAGAGCUUUGCCAAGGUCUGCAUCCAGCAGUUCUUCCAGAACAUGAGCAAAGACCUGGUGGCAACUCACUGCCACCCACCCAGAAAAGCCCCCACAGAGGAUGGGGAAGCUUCAGAGAAACUUUUAGGCAUCACCGAUUGGGGCACCAUGAACACGGCCCUAAAAAGCUGGCACAGGUGCAAGCCCCCGCUGCACCUCCACCCAGCUGCACCCCGCAGCAGCAAUGGCUCGGCUGGGGAAUGGCAGCCCCCCACACAACCCCACACACAGCCCCCUGCUUCCCGGCGGGAAGCUGUGGCCUACUAUAGCGGGGUGUGAGCAGAAGCAGAGCCACAGUUUUGGGAGAAGGACUGUGGGGUGACAAGCACCCAAAGGGCAGCACUGGCACCCAGGUGACUCCAUCUGCUCUCCAUAUGCAGCCCUACAAGCCUGCGUAAUGCAGACAAUGAGCUUUGGGUUGAACAAGGCAGCUGGCCAAGGCCUCAAUGUGAUAGAUGAGCCCUGGGGAUCCUGGGGCAUAUUGUGCAUCCCAUGGCACCAUGCCACAGGUCUGUGUGGGAGCAGUUGCUGACGCAUACGUGCAAAACUUCCUUUCUUUCAUCACAUGCACUUCAUGGCCUGUGACAGAGCUGGAGCGGGAAGAGCUCCCUGCAACACCAAGCAAGGAGUGCUGUGCAUUUGGGCAGCAUUGCAAUAUCCCCAGUAAAGAAUCAAGCUGAGCUGCCUGUCUCCCCAUCAGCCCCACCAUGCACUGACCCCUACGCACACAUGCAGUUUCCAGGCCAUGAGAAGAUUUAAAAUAAAGAUGAUGCAAAAAAUAAACCAGUGAAGGGGUAUCCUACAUUGUGAUAGAAGCAGUGUGGUUGGUGUCAUGGGUACGGCUCAAGGGGAAACUCCUGAAACGGGAGUUCAGGACCAGGAGAGAGGGCCAAGCUGACCCUCCUGUCAAGAACUUUCUGCAGGAUGCUCCAUUCUUGCAGCUUCACCUGGAUUCCUCUCCAGCAUGAAGAUGAACGUUGUACAUCAGCCCAGGUGUUUGUUUGAGAAGCCAGCUCCAAAUAAAUGCUUCAGGCUUACUGUUCAGGUUUAAUGCACAAGAGUCAUAAAGGCUGUUUAUAAAACCAUUGGGGUUUCUUUAUUUCAGUGCAGGGACAAGGAGCUGGGGCAGCAUGUGGGACUGGCACUGGGCCAGCCACAGCCCACGGAGGAACAGUUGGGUCAGCCACAUGGCUGCAGGGUGCAGCAUCAACCUUUUGCAACAGCGGGCGGGCACUGAUUUCCAUACAGCCCAGGGAUGAUGGAACCCAAGGCCUCGAGGCAGCAAUGGAAAUCUCUCCAUUCACUCCUUGCUCUCAUUGCAUUAGCAGCACACAGGAGAAAAAAAGCUUUUAGAAACACAAAUUUUACCCCCACUGCGUCCCUUUCUAAAUGUUCACCCCCUUGAAAUUUCUCCUACCGCAUUCUUGUUUAAACUAACCCAUUAUGGCUCACUGGUAACUGAGGUGACUGUUGUGAACAUAAACCUUAAUUACCAGUGUCUUAACUCCACAGAGGCUGUGGGGAGAGAAGAACAAAGGACAAAAUGACAAUGGAAUUCUUUGGGCUGCUCUGUAGCAUGAACCAGCCCAUAGUCAAAGGCUGAGAGUGGCUGACUCCCGGGAGAAAGGAGCAUGACACAGAUUUAUCAUUAAUCUUCACACCCCAAACUGUAAUUAAAGCACCUGCCCAGAAAUUAAUAGGCACAAAACCUGAUUUACAAGCAAAGGAGAUUAAAAGAUAAAGGCGGUUUCCACUCCCAUUAUUUGCAGCUCAGCACGGCUCAUGGCUCACCCAGAAAGCUGUACCCCAAGUCCCACCACAGCUGUGAUCAGCAUGUGGGGCCAGCCAGCUCCAUCCACAUGCCAUUUGCAAAGAAAAGCUUUUGGAGUUUCAGUUUAGAUUUUGAGAUCAAAGCUCUGUCCCAUGCAGCAAUUUUGGCAGUCCCUGCAGAGCAGGAAGGAUGAUCUCCCUGUGCUGGCAUUUGUCUCAGCAGUUUUUCUGGAUUUUGGGGAUGUAUCUCAUCACUGGUGGGAGCAGACCCCUCACUGGGGGAUGCAGCGUGGCUCCCGCAGGCUGCAGUCCUGACACAGAGCAUAUUUGGUAGUGGGGCUCCUGGUGGAGUUGUGGGACUGCCAUGCAUGCAGUGCACUCCAGCACUGCACUGCUGCAAAAACCAGGGUCAGCACACAGGGAUGGGGUAAGGCUAGAGCCAAACCCAGGCUGGGAGGUGAGGGGUACUCGGGACAAAGAUCUCAGCUGGACCACAGACAUUGGCUUAGCACAGGUUUCGGUCUGGGCAGAGGAGAACGUGAGUGUUACUUGAAGGUUUGCCUGGGCUGAAGAGAUCAUCAUGAAAGCACUGAGCUUAACCCUGGAGACAUGGUGACAAAGUGGCUGGGGAAAAGGGACUGAGCCUCUGGCCUCUGUGACAGGCUGGAACUGGAGACAAGGGACAGCAGAGAGGAGAAAGCGAGGCAUCAGUCUACAGAGGAAGUGGAAAGCAAAAAGGCAGAGAAAGACGGGAACAUGCUGCAAUCUCCAGCUCAAGGGCUGCACUCAGCCCCAAACACCCGACUUGUUCCACACAAACCACAGCACUGCAUAGCAGCCAUUACACCCCUCUGCUCAAUCCACGAGAGUGGGUCCAUCCCAGAGGCAAAAAGCAAAACCUGACAGAGUUUGUGGUGAUGAGUUCCUGCUCCUCUCGAAAACCCAGCCAGACUGGCA